GAAGGACUCCUGUGCUCAAUGUUGGCAGUGCGCGCGUUCGCUCCUGCUCAAUGCCAGCUCUGCUCAGCUGCUCUCCGGCUCUCGCUCGCUCACUCGUGCAUAAAGCGCACGCUCCAACAGGCUGGGUACGCGGGGAGGCAUGGAAUGGAACCUCAGAAGAAUGGAGAGUGAACUGAGAACAAUCAACCCUGACCUGCUGCAACCCAGCAAAAGCUUCAAGAAAUCCUCCUCAGGCACAGUAACCCUUAAUGUAGGGGGCUACCUGUACGCUUCCCAGAGACAGACUCUUGCCAAGCACCCCGGCUCACUGCUGGAGGAGCUGGCCAGUGGAAAGAGGCCAGUGCAACAUGUGGACUCCAUGGGCAAUGCCUUCAUUGACCGGGACGGCCCCAUCUUCCGCCACGUCCUCAACUUCUUACGACUGGGGGAGCUGUUGCUCCCAGAUGACUUCAAGGAGAUCGGGCUGUUGCAGCGUGAAGCAGAGUUCUACAGGCUGCCUGAUCUCACCGAAGCAGCGUUGGACUGGGACCAGCAGCAGACUGCGCAGCGCGAGCCGGCCUUCAUGGAGGUGACGGACAGCCACGAGCGCUCACAUGGCCUUAAGGUCUACUGUAGUGACACCGGCUUCAUCGAGAAGGUGAAGAGCCGCCUGGUGCAGAUCUCCAAGAGCCGACUGGAUGGUUUCCCAGAAGAGUUCGCAGUGUCAUCCAAUGUUAUCCAAUUCCGUCACUUCAUCAAGUCAGAAAUGGGCUCCCGGCUGGUACUGAAGGAAGACAGCACCUUCCUGUGCACACUGGAGUGCCUGAAGCUGGAGACUGUCAUGCUGGCCCUCAGGGGAGGGUUCCGGCUCCUCACAAGUCUAGACAGCAGCCGCGGGUCUGUGGUCCAAUGUGAGGCUCUACACUUUGUUAAAUGACAACAGACAGAGAGAGAGAGAGAGAGAGAGAGAGAGAGAGAGAGAAAGAGAGAGAGAAGAUGAGGGAGAGAGGAACAAGAGUGGGGACGCCAUCUACACAGGUAAUACAAACACUAAUCAAGAGCAGUACCUGUACUCCUAUCAAGAUUCCUUGACGUGAAAACACACACUGGAUUAAGGAACACUUCUUGACUUCUUCUUCUUCUUAAAGUUUACACAGCCUAUUUAUAAACCUGGAAAAAUGAUCAUGUAUUAGGCGAUUAUUACUGUUGUGUUUACACUGUGUUUUGGGUUGUUAUGCUGGUAAUGUAUAUUUCAAUUUAAAAGGCUUGUGACAAGACAAAGACUUGCUUUGGAGACAAAAUAAAAUGUUGCUUUAAAUGCCAUGUUAAUACAUGGCAUUCAUGUUUAAGGAUUGAAAUCACCAUGUUUAAGUUUUAUAUUCAUGUGCUGCAUGAAGAAUAGUUUAUAAUGAUGUCGUGUUCUUGUGUAAUGUCAUCUAGUGAACAUCAAAAUAGAUGUAUUCAUUUGGAA